CGCCUCGUCCCACAAUAGGCUAACAGGCCAGGCCUACAACUGACACGAAUAACACCAGCGGGACAAACAUCAGUUCAAGUGUUUACAGCUACCCGCUGGACUUAGCAGAAGCGAUAUUUUCUCUCAGCACACUAAGACACGAACCUCCCUCGGACUGUGGAGAUACAUGUCAGUUUUGCACUGAUAUCAGCUCUGUAUGCGCUUCGCUGUGAUAUCCCGCGCCCCGCUGUGUGAAACUUCCUUUUUUUGGACCAGUGCAUUUUCGUUUGCCACCGCGGAUCAACGAUGGAGAGAUAAAAUGGCGCACCAGAUGCUCAUCCUCUUUUUUGACAAUUUCUCCAUUCUAAGGUGUGGAAACAUGAUGUGGGAUGGAUAGACCACCAAUAGAGACUUUUAAUAUGGCCUCCAGUGAAGCUGACCCCGCUGACCCUCCCGGGAACCCCCAGCCCGGUGAUCUCAUUGAGAUCUUUCGGCCAGCCUAUCAGCACUGGGCGCUCUACCUAGGCGAUGGGUACAUCAUCAACCUAACGCCUGUUGAGGAGGGCCAAGCGGCGGCCAUGUCGAGUGUUAAGUCGGUGUUCAGUCGGAAGGCUGUGGUUCGUAUGCAGCUGCUGAAGGAGGUGGUGGGCGGGGACUCGUACCGCGUCAACAACAAGUAUGACGACAACCACACACCCCUGCCCGUCUAUGACAUCAUACAGCGGUCACAGCUCCUCAUUGGUCAAGAGGUGUCAUAUGAUCUACUGGGGAGCAACUGUGAGCACUUUGUGACGCUGCUACGAUACGGGGAAGGAGUUUCUGAGCAGGCGACCCGAGCCAUCGGAGCGAUCAGUCUUGUGACGGCCGCAGCAAGCGCCUUCUCAGUGCUGGGCCUGAUAAACACACGCUCCAGGAACCGCCCAUUCUGACCUAUGACCUCUACACUCCACCCACUCCAGGAAGUAGCCUCCUUGACCUCUCACCUCCAAGCCCCCACCUACACUGGCUCCACCCACCCUCAGAAAGUCCAUGCUAUCUGACCUUUGACCUAUUGACUCCGCCCAGUCCAGGAAGCACCACCCAAAGACAUAUAUACCUUUAUGUGUCUAUGGCACCACCUUUAGGCUGCAGAGACUGUGAGCCGGGGAAACUGGAUAUGACAAAGCCUAACUUGCACCCUAACUCUGGUGGAGGGUCUAAAAGGAUCUCUAGACAAGCUAUUCGGCUACACAAUGCCAUAACAUUUCAGGAUUCAGUUCAUGGAUUUACCCAAGUCUGAACCAUACUUAGUCCUUGCUGAUAAACCAGGUCUCCUAACACCAUGUUCUCCAUAGGUUAACCAAAUCCAGCCAUCAAUAAAAUAAUUUCAUCUAAUCCAUUAUCAAAAAUGUAAAAAAAUAUAACCCUAAAUGACCCACCUCGUGAUUGCAACGGAGAUGUUUGGAGAUGUUGCAAUGAUGAAAUCCCUGCUGUCUGAUCAACAGUGAAAUGUGGGAAUGUUUUCAGUGCUCUGAGUUCCAAUUUGAUGGAGAAUUUUUUUUUUUGAAAUAAUAAUUAAUUUAACUGAAAAACCAAGUGCUAAAAGAUUUCCAAAAACAUGGUGUUGAAAAAUGAAUAGUUAUGAAAUAUAAACAAUGGUGUUUUUGUCAUAAUCCUUUCAUACGAUCCAUAUGAAUAGUGUUUGUACACUGUUUCAAUAAAGAAUAAACUUAUGGGUGAA